CUUCCAUAUGCCAUGGAUGCAGUGGUUUAAAAAAAAAAAAAGACGGAACAUAAUUGCUCCCCGUCCAAAUUUCUGCAUACUUUCUUCUAGUGAAAUCCUCCCUUCCCCCUCAGCCAUGGCAACUGAGAGUCUGGUUUCUUCCCAGUGUUUUACCUUUGCAAGAAUAGCAUGCAGAUAGAACACAUGUCUGGGUGUUUUUUUUGUCUUCUUGGUGCACAGCCGAGCUCCUCCAGGGCCAGACAGUACCUUGUGUGCCCAGGCUACACAUAGUGGGCACUUGACAGUGUGGUGUGGGGGCAGCUGUGUAUUGUCGGUGAUGAUCCUUGUUUCUUUCCUCCUCACUGGGAGGAGCCAAGUGUCUGCCCAGGCAGCAGAACCCCUGCAGAAAUCUGGCCAGGCCUGGGCUCCCUGCUCUGGCUCUGUGUUCAGCAGCUGACCUAGAGAGCUGCCUGGGGCUGGGCACACUGGCUUCUGCUAAACCGAUCUCAUCCUCAGUUUGGUGUCUGUGAUAGUCAGGAUGCAGCACUUGCUAGGGGCUGUGACUCUCUGGGGAUCCAUGUCACAAAUUACUGAGAGUGUGUACAGGUGUGUGCCUCUCUAGUUCCUCCUAGGUCAGAGAGGCCCUCUUUGGGCCUUGUUUUCACUGAGUCACAGCUGCACUAGCUUUUGAGUUAAAAAUAGGACUAGACAUACCUGCACCAUGACAGGCCCUGCCUGGGCCUCGGGCUGACGCUAGAGUGUUGUGUAAAUAUUUGGAGGAACUUGAGGUUGGUGACCAGUUCUCCUCCUGGAUCCUCGUGCCUGGUAUCCUGGAGCAGCAAAGGGAAGAGAGUGGUGGGGGAGUGAGGGCCAGCUCACGCUUGAAACACUCAGGGGGUUGGUGGCACAUUUGAGAGGUGCUGGAGUUCAGGGUGGUGCCUAGAAGUCCGUGAAAUGGUUGGUCAUUUGCUGUGGUAACAGUGGCUCCCUUGUAGAGCCACAGAGUUUGAAAUCAAACUCCCUACUGGCCUGUGGCCUUAGACAAGUUACGAGGCUUCUCUGAACACUGUCUCCCCUCUAGGGUGCUGGUGAGGAUUAAGAUGACCACGUGUGUAAAGCAUAGACAGGUCCGGUGCACAGUAGGCCCUCAUCUAGGGCUGGCUACUAUGGCAACCACUAGUCUUGGCCAAUCAUUAGGACUUUGGCCAACAAACAUUACGACUUUCUGUUGGCCAUCUAAGGAAAGAGUUAGGGCCUCUGGAAGGAGGAUAGGGUGGUGUCCAAAUUCGUGUCCAGACCUCCAUCCGAUGCUACUCCUGUCUCCUCCUCUCUCUUGGUCUCCAGCCACCACUGUGUCCUUAAAUCACUUCAGCAGCUGCCCACGUAGCGCUAGUAACUCAGGACUUAACAGCCAUGUGAGGGUUGUAACGAGCCUAAAAUAGAGACGUGGCCCUUGUCUGGUCCUGAGGGCUGCGCCCGCCCUGGAUAGCAGGCCCAGGGGUUUCUGCCCUCCCAGGCUGAGCCCAACGCUGGACUAGGCGGCUGGAGGCUACAGACCUCCCCUAGAGGCAAGCCAAGCUCUCCUUGGUCCGGAAGCCCUGAGGGUGCCACCAUGGAGUCUGACCUCUGCUGAGUGGCCCUUGGCAGGAGGCACACAGCCAGGAAAGGCGGCCCCGGCCGGUCACGGUCACCAUGGCGUCCAGCAGUGUGGAGAGCCAGCUGCAGAGAAUCAUCCGCGAUCUGCAAGAUGCUGUGACAGAACUAAGCAGAGAAUUUAAAGAUGCAGGGGAACCCAUCACAGAUGACAGCACCAGCUUGCAUAAGUUCUCUUAUAAACUUGAGUAUCUCCUUCAAUUCGAUCAGAAGGAGAAGGCCACCCUCCUGGGCAACAAGAAGGACUACUGGGAUUACUUCUGUGCUUGCCUGGCCAAGGUGAAGGGAGCCAAUGACGGGAUCCGAUUCGUCAAGUCUAUUUCAGAGCUCCGAACAUCUCUGGGAAAAGGAAGAGCAUUUAUUCGCUACUCCUUGGUGCACCAGAGGUUGGCAGACACCUUACAGCAGUGCUUCAUGAACACCAAAGUGACCAGUGACUGGUACUACGCAAGGAGCCCCUUUCUGAAGCCAAAGCUGAGCUCUGACAUCGUGGGCCAACUCUAUGAGCUGACCGACGUCCAGUUUGACCUGGCAUCAAGGGGCUACGACCUGGACGCUGCCUGGCCAACUUUUGCCAGGAGGACACUGGGUCCUGGCUCUGCUGCUUACAUGUGGAGACCCCCCAGCCGAAGCUCCAGCAUGAGCAGUUUGGUGAGCAGCUACCUGCAGACUCCGGAGAUGGCCUCCAGCCUUGACCUGAGCAACCCCUUAAACCACGAGGCACUGGAAGGCUUUGAUGAGAUGCGGCUGGAGCUGGACCAGUUGGAGGUGCGGGAGAAGCAGCUGCAGGAGCGGAUGCAGCAGCUGGACAGAGAGAACCAGGAGCUGCGGGUGACUGUCAGCCUGCAGGGAGAGCAGCUGCAAGGGGAGAGGGAGAGGGGCCGUGCCGCCACCGAGGACAAUGUCCGCCUCACCGGCAUGGUGGCCACGCUUCAGAAGCAGUGGGAGAUAGCCCAAGCCACACAGAACACUGUGAAGGAGCUGCAGGCAUGCCUGCAGGCCCUGGAGCUGGGUGCCUCCGAGAAGGAGGAGGACUAUCGCUCAGCCCUGCAGCGGCUAGAAUCCAUGCUGCAGCCCCUGGUUCAGGAGCUGGAGGCGACACACAGCUCCCUGGGCAGGAAGGACCUGCACUCAGCUGAUGUCCCAGACCAGCUGGACAUGGCUGAGCAGAAGGCAGAUAUGGCGCUGGAUACACAGAGGCAGCAAGAGUGUGUCCCCUCUGACUCAGCCCUGGGGAUCCAGGAGCUGGGAGCAAAGCUGCAAGCCCUGGAAAGGGAGAACACCCAGAUCGAGGAGCUCAACAGGCAGCAGAGCGCCCAGCUGGAGCAGCUGGCCAAGGAGCUGCAGCUGAAGGAGGAGGCCCGGGCCAGCCUGGAGCACCAGGUGGAGGAGAUGGCCUUGCUCCGGGAAGAACCAUCUGGGAAGGGCCAGGAGGCUGCCCAGCUUCGGCAUCAGCUGCAGGAGUCGCUGGCGCACUUGAGCUCCCUGAAGGAAGAGCUGGCAGAGGUGAAACGGGAGGAGGGGCAGCGGCGGGAGGAGAAGGAGCUUUUGGAACAGGAGGCCAGAUCCCUGAUGCGGCAGCUACAGCUCCUAGAGACUCAGCUGGCACAGGUGAGCCAGCACGUGAGUGACCUGGAGGAGCAGAAGAAGCAGCUCAUCCAGGACAAAGACCACCUCAGCCAGAAGGUGGGGACCCUGGAGCAACUUGCUGGGCAGCCAGCCCCAGAUCUGCCCGUGGUGGGGGAGGAGCGCAAGGCUCUGAGCUCCACCCUGCAGCCAGCCUGUGAGAAGCUGGAGGAGGAGCAGCAGAGGGGCCCAUGGGAGGGACAGACAGAUGAUCCCACGAUGCUGGGGGGCGGCCAGGAGGAGAAGCUCCAACAGGCCAACAGGGAGCUAGAGAAGGAGCUGCAGAAUGUACUUGAGCGCAACCAGCUGUUGGAGGGUAAGCUUCAGGCUCUGCAGGCUGAUUACCAUGCACUGCAGCAGCGGGAGGCAGCUAUCCAGGGCUCCCUGGCCUCUCUGGAGUCAGAGCAGGCCAGCAUCCGGCACAUGGGCGACCAGAUGGAGGCGAGCCUCCUGGCUGUCAAGAAGGCCAAGGAGACUAUGAGGGCCCAGGUGGCAGAGAAGGAGGUGGCCCUGCAGUGCAAGGAGGCCGAGUGCCGGCAGCUGCGGGAGCAGGCAGAGCAGUGCCGGCAGCUAGCGGAGGCCCGGGAAGGGGAGCUCAGAGCUCUUGAGGGCCAGUGCCGCCAGCAGACCCAGCUGAUUGAGACCCUCACAGCAGACAAAGGCCAGCAGGGGCUUGGCCCACCUCAAGACCAGGCAUCCCAGGAGCUAGCAGCCCAGCUGGCCCUGACUAAGGCACAGCUGGAGAUCCAUCAGGGGGAGGCCCAGCGACUACAGGCUGGGAUGGUGGAUCUCCAGGCCAAGCUGCAGGCAGCCCUGGGUGACCAGGAGAAGUUGCAGAGUCAGCUGAACGUGACCGAGACUGCUCUGAGGGAACACAAGGCCCUCGUGCAGCAACUGAAGGAGCAGAAUGAAGCCCUCAACAGGGCACAUGUCCAGGAACUGCUGCAGUGCUCCGAGCUGGAAGGGGUGCUACAGGCGAAAAGGGCAGGUGAGGCCCAGAAGAGGGAGGAGGAGCUCCGAGCCCUGCAGGAGGAGCUGUCCCAGGCAAAGUGCACCUCCGAGGAGGCCCAGCUGGAACACGCAGAGCUGCAGGAGCAGCUUCACCGGGCCAAUAUGGAUACGGCUGAGCUUGGCAUUCAGGUCUGUGCACUGACUGCAGAGAAAGAGCGGGUGGAGGGGGCACUGGCCCGCGCCAUCCAGGAGCUCCGGGAUGCCAAAGAGGCAGCCUCCAAGGAGCAGGAGGCCCUGGCACACCAAGUCGCAGGGCUGCAGCAGGAGAAGGAGAGCCUGCAGGAGAAGCUGAAGGCAGCCGAGGACGCAGCCAGCUCACUGUCUGGUCUGCAGACCCAGGUGGCCCAGGCGGAGCAGCAGGCCCAGAGCCUCCGGGAGUCUGCACGCCAGGAGCUCGACACCCUCAAGUUCCAGCUGAGCACUGAGAUCAUGGACUACCAGAACAGACUUAAGACCUCCAGUGAAGAGUGCAGGAGCCUCAGAGGCCAGCUGGAGGAGCGAAGCCAGCAGCUGCAGGCUGCCGAGAAGGCUGUGGAAAAGCUGAAGGCUACCCAGACAGACAUGGGAGAGAAGCUGAGCUGUACCAACAAGCAACUUGCAGAAUGCCAGGCUGCCCUGCUGGAGAAGGAAGAGGAGGGGGCUGCCCUGCGCCAAGACCUGGACAGGACCCAGAAGGAACUUGAAAAAGCCACAACAAAGAUCCAGAAAUAUUACGACAGACUCUGCCAGGAAGCCACAGACCGGGAGAAGAAUGACCAGAAGAUGCUCGCAGACCUGGAUGACCUGAAUAGAACCAAGAAGUACCUGGAGGAACGGCUGAUUGAGUUGCUGAAGGACAAGGAUGCUCUCUGGCAGAAGUCAGAUGCCCUGGAAUUCCAACAGAAGCUCAGUGCUGAGGAGAGAUGGCUUGGGGAUACAGAGGCGAACCAUUGCCUCGACUGCAAACGGGAGUUCAGCUGGAUGGUGCGGCGGCACCACUGCAGAAUAUGUGGCCGUAUCUUCUGUUACUACUGCUGCAACAACUACGUCCUGAGCAAGCACAGCGGCAAGAAAGAGCGCUGCUGCCGGGCCUGCUUCCACAAGCUGAGUGGGGGUCCCGGGUCACCUGACAGCACCAGCUCUGGCACCAGCCAGGGAGAGUCCAGCCCCACCCCUUCAUCAGCCCAGGCUCCCGGAGGCCAAGGGGCGAACACAGACUGCAGGCUGCCCAACGACGCCGUGUUUGAUAUCAUCACGGAUGAGGAGUUGUGCCAGAUACAGGAGUCCGGCUCCUCCUUGCCUGAAACACCUACCGAAGUGGAUUCUCUUGACCCAAACGUGGCCGAACAGGACAUCACAUCAAACUCACUAACCCCUGAGGACACUGAAGACAUGCCCAUGGGGCAGGAUGCUGAAAUCUGCUUGCUAAAGUCAGGCGAACUGAUGAUAAAACUACCCCUCACAGUGGAAGAGAUCGCCAACUUCGGGGAGGGCAAUAGGGAGUUGUUUGUGAGGUCCAGUACCUACAGCCUCAUCCCCAUCAGCGUGGCCGAGCCAGGCCUCACCAUCAGCUGGGUCUUCUCCUCUGACCCCAAGAGUAUCUCCUUCAGCGUGGUCUUCCGGGAGGCAGAGGACACGCCAUUGGAUCAGUGUAAGGUGCUCAUUCCCACCACCCGAUGCAAUUCCCACAAGGAAAACAUCCAGGGUCAGCUCAAGGUCCGCACACCAGGCAUCUACAUGCUCAUCUUUGACAACACCUUUUCCAGGUUUGUCUCCAAGAAAGUAUUUUAUCACUUAACAGUUGACCGGCCUGUGAUCUAUGAUGGAAGUGAUUUCCCGUAGCCUGGAUUUUAAUAGUUUCACAUUACCCACAGGAAACACUACUCUUCCUCACCUGUCACAUAAAGCACUAAAAAGAAAAAGAAAAAAAACAGCUGCUCUGAAUAUGAAUGUCAACUAUGCAACCCUGGGAGACAGGCCCUUGGCUGCUUCUCGGAGCUUCGCUGCCCCGAGCACUGUGUACUCAGCACUGUGCACUGUCACUCUUAGCCCCAUGGCUUGCAAAGGCUCAAGCACCAUUUCCAUUGUCCUCACACCCAGAGGGGCACUUUGCCAAAGGUUUAAACACUCAGGAAACCAUCAGCCUCACCUGGGGGUACAGUUGGUUCCAGGCCUCCUAUGGAGAGUUUCUCAGGCCAGAGGGGACCCCAACUUCUGCCCGUGGAGAAACAUGGUCCCCUGUGCCCAACGGGGGGCCAGGCAUCCAGGUGACCAAGAGCUAGGAUGCCUUGGCCAGGCCCUGUGAGUCCUCCCAGGAAAAGGAGCUCGGGGCACCCGUGGGUCCACCUGAGAUCCCAGCUGUCGUGCUCCUACCCCUUCCUACCCUAGGAAGUUGGGGGCUGCUCCAGAACUCAGCCAUUUCCAUGGGGCCUCCAACUGCACUUUCCUCCUGGCCCUUCUGUCUGAGCAGUGCUGUCCUUGAGCAAAGCCCUUCACUCAGCCUGGCCUCUCAAAGCUCAAAACAUUACCCUAAGAAUCAGAACUGAAGCAAAUCCCAGGAAACAACCCAUCUACGGCGGGCCUGUAAUGUUGUCUGUGUACAGAAGGCCAGAGCCCAGAUCCUGGGCAACAUCAGCCCCACGACCAAAAAGCAGGAUUGUGCGUCAGCUUUUAGGGCUAACUCCUCAGCUGACAGCUUGUCUUUGUUUAUAUCAAUAAGAGCUUCUGCCUAACUUGCAGAUGCUUUUACUAAUUAUCAUAAUCAGGGUAGGAACCCCUUUUAUAAAUUGAGACUUCUUAACAGACGUCUUUGGUAACACAAAUGUAAACAGGCAUAAUUCACAGAUCUGCUCUUUGCUCACUUCUCAGCCCCUCCUCCCUACCUGCCAGAUUCCCCACACCCCAUCUGCCCACUUCCUGCUGCUCAGCCUGCACAUGACACCCAGCAGCUGUCUCCCUUUGGGGCAGAUAAAUCCUGUUUCCUUUUGUCAGACAAGGAGAUAAUCUUCCUAUUCUCUACCGUUUUCUACCACCACCGAGUGCUCGCCUGUGGUGGCCCCUUUGGGCCCUGUUCACAGAAGCCAGCACCUACAGUCAAGGCCCAGGUACUUCCAUGGGUGACCAGAGUAUCUCACGAAGCGGCUCACCUUGGCCAGGGAUGAGGGGGAGGGUGCUGGGCAGGGUGGCUGAGGUUCUGAGCGCUGGACCCAGCCUGUCCUUCAGGUAGCCUGGUGACUAAGCCGAGUCAUACACCUCGAGGCUUCAUCUCGCCAUUCCCGAGCCUGGUCUGGCCAGUUUUGAGAGCUCAAGAGUGGGUCAGGAGCCCCAGGCCAACUUCAGCUCAAACCCCAUGUGUACCAGCAGAGAGAACCAUGGGGCAGGGCUGGGAGGAAAUGACUUUGGCGAUGGGCUUGGAACUUUCAUUGAAACAGGAGACUUAAGCACUUCUAGUCACUUUAAUAAGGGCUUGGGGCAUGAUGAACACUGGACCUCUUGUGCUUUUUCCUGGAACAGCUGCCUCUAGUAGAAAGCUCCAGCAUCUCCUCAGGCAAGGCUUUGACAGGUGCUCAGCAUCAAAAUGGAAAUGGCCAGGACCCCAGAGGCUUCCUAGCCUCAUGCUUGUCCUCACAGGUGUGCCACACAGCCUGAGGACUAUUCCAGGGCAAAUUACCUUUGAAUCCACCUACCUUUUUGGAAAGGAUAAUCAAAAAUAGCUUGUUUGCCACAUGGGAGAAACUAACCAAAGAACCCAGAGCAGUCUGGAAUCUUGGUUUGAGUGCUUAGCUUUCCCACAGUACCGUGGAGACCUUGGCCAAGUUGAUGGCCUUCUGCCAGUGUACCCACCAUCAUCUGCAGCUUGAACCAACAUUUUGUGAAUAGCUGAUGUGUUGCCUUCGAAAGACCUGGGACAGUCCAUCUGAGGCUGGUUCUGAACCUGUCACUCAACCCAGCAGGGGACCAACUGCAGCUUAAAAACCACUUGGCGCUUGUGAGGCCAACUCAGAGCCACUCCUCCAAGAGAGUGGGGGCCCCUUGUGCCACCACCACCGCAAGCAGUGACUACAGUUGUGCAAAAAAGCCUUUGCUGCAUUCAGAGGCCUGCCCUCUGAGGUCACACCCUGCCUCUGCAGCAUAUUUAUUUUUUGUGCUGGAUGGACUCUGGUCCUUUGUUUCUUUUCUGUGCAAGCUUGGGUUUGCUGUGCACUGUGCAGCUAGAGAACCUCUUGGCCUAUUUAAUUAUGGCUUGUAUAAAUAGCUUUCUUAUUUUAAACAGGUUCCCAACUUUACUGAGCUUUGGGCGUUGGGGUAUUUUUUAAAACUGCAAAUGACAAUGAAAAACAACUAUUGAAGAUUCCCAAGAGACUGAAUUGCACUAGAGAUCAACCAAAAGGAAACAUCCUUGGAAUCUCAGAUCACUGUUU